ACCCUUUUGUCAAGAGGCAUAUUUAUAGAUUCCUUGACUUUGAAGAAACGUGUGACAGUAUACUUUAAGAUCUGGAAGUAACUUGAGCUGGAGAAUACUGAGUAACGAAGAAUAUUUGAUACAAUUGUCCUUCAGCAGAUCUAUCAUGCCGUAUACCGAUGAUGAUUGUAGCAUUUGUCGGGAACCCUUUCAAGCUGCAAAUGAAAGAACUGUUCUGACCUGUUCACACGUAUUUCAUACACGCUGUAUAAAUGAAUGGCUGCCCAUACGGAACACGUGCCCCAUCUGCAGGGACCGGAUUGGGGAUGGAGACGGGGGAGAGAGUGGUGACGACAGUGACAACGAUGAACAAGAGUUUGUAGAGAGAUUUGAUGGGGUACGAGUUCCUCGUUACAGAGGGGGAUUUCGAUAUGAUCAGGAUUUAAAUGCAUACAUUUCACCAGAGUAUGGGGUGCUGAUGUACAUUUUCCGAAAACUGUUAAAUGCAUGGAUUAUUUACGUCCUUGGAUCCUAUGUUUGGUCUUGUUCUUCACAUGGAUGGAGGAAUGUCUUUCCUGAUUCUGUGGAAUUCACAUCUUAUUCGAAUGAACUUGAAGUCCUAAACGGUGGUAAAUGCAUACGUAACUCUCGUUUUAAUUUUUGGAAUGACAGACUUCAAGUAUUUAACGGAGUCGCAGGGAGAGUUCCCGUCCGUUUCCUUGGUUCUCUAGACGUGGAAAUUGAGAUACAGUAUAAAAUCAAGAAAGACAUGGAAAUAGGAACAAUUCUAUUUCAAACUGGAUUUCUACCAACACAGUAUAUGGAUAAAGAUCGUUUCAUUUACGACCAGGGGUUAGCAAUAACUGCUGUGGUUCGUGAAAACAAUGAGGUGCGAUUGGUCAUCAGUAAUUUUGGAGCCAGUAUGAAAGAAGAACGCAUAACCGAAAAUAAAAGAGGUACAUCCUUUGUUGGGAAGUUGAUUCUACGAAAACUGAGGCAAAACAUAUCUGUGUACUUAAAGGUAGAUAAUUCUGAAGGAACAUACCGUGAAAGACAAGCACGUUAUUUUUCUACAGACUUGCCCAACCUGCCUGCACCAGAUGGAGUAUACAUGCACACGUUUGAAAAUAUCAAGAACAAUCUUGAGGAUGUGUGGCCAGUGUUUAAUGUUUACAACGGAUCCAGCGCUAAUGUUAUCAUGUCAUCCAAACAUUUUCACGAACCAUCUUGCAACAAGAACCUUUAUAUAUCUGAGAAUGGACAGUCCGUAUCCAAUUCAAAGCAAGUAGGGUUUAUGAAAUGUGGAUUAAAGUCGGGACCAUUGGAAUCAAAGAGCGCUACUUUUGUACGAUCUAAUCGCGAAUUAUACAGCUACAACCCAUUCCUACUACAUAAGAAAUAUGACAUCUCCUUUGAAUUAGAAUUUGAAGAAAGUGUUACUUCUGACCAAGAAAAAAAUUUUCCAUUUCAAAUACGAAUUGAGCCCCCAGGGAACAGUUUUGUGCUUGGUGUUGCUGCUUUGGAAAACCACAUUUUCAUAUACAUCUUUUACGGCAAUUCUACUGAAAAAACUGAACGAUUUCCACAUAGGUUAAAACACGGUUUGAAAAAGUUUCAUUUUUCCAUAGAAGUGAACUAUGAACUUCGUGCAAUCAAACUUGAUAUACUUUAUCCAGCAGAAAAUCAACGAUAUCAUCGUGAAUAUAUGAACAUAGUUUAUACGGAAACGCCCUAUCUUUACGUAGGAAUGAGAAAUACAGGAAUCAUAGAAGCAUGUUUCAGAUAGCACCAAAUACAAGUGUUAUAAUUAUAAUACCGUGGUCAAUAUUGUUCUGUAGCACCUAAUGGAAGUACAGGUUCUAUUUAUAGUUUUUGUGAUGUUUAAUACAUAAAGAAAUCAAUAUA